AUCAGAACUGAUGUUCUUGAGGGACAUGUGAGAACAAAAUAGUGAGAGGUGUGUGUGAGAGAAAGUAAACACGAGAGUAAGUGAGGGAGAGAAGCUGUGCUAGCAAAGAAACACAGCCAUGGCUACAAACAACACAUCAACAGGAUCUUUCUCCAAUCCUCCUCUGUUCACAGGCCAGAACUACAACAUGUGGGCCAUCAAAAUGAAAGCAUUCCUAAAAGGCAACGGUGUGUGGGACUCAGUAGAAAAUGGCUUUAAUCCUCCCAGGCUACCAAACAACCCAACUGUAACACAGUUGAAGCAACAUGCAAAAUAUGUUCAAAACUCCUAUAGAGCCCUUUCAUACAUCCAUAAUGGAAUAGUAGACUCAAUCUUUCCAAGAAUCAUGAGGGCAGAAACAACAAAAAGUGCUUGGGACACUCUUCAAAAGGAGUUUGAAGGUGACAACAGAGUAAAAGACAACAAUCUGCUUACACUAAAAAGGAAAUUUGAAAUGUUAGCCAUGAAAGAGAUAGAGAUAGUGCAUCAGUACUCAACCAAGUUGAUAGACAUCGUCAACCAAAUCAGACUUCAAGGUGAGGAUUUUCCAGAUAAAAGAGUUAUUGACAAGAUAAUGGUUAGUGUACCAGACAAGUUUGAAUCAAAGAUCUCAGCAAUAGAAGAGUCUAAUGACUUGAAUCAGCUUACCAUUAAUGAGCUCAUUAGCAAGCUAAAAGCUUAUGAGCAAAGGCUGUCCAUUAAAGGUGCUGCCGAAGUUCUUGAAGAAGCCCUUCAAGCAAAGGAAAAAGGGAAGCAAGCAGUAGAGACACCAAACUUUGCAGAAUAUGAAAAGGAAAAGAUGUUAGAUAGUUCAGAUAUUUGUGGUCCCAUGAAAGUUCCUUCUUUGGGCCAAAACAAGUAUUUCAUUCUAUUCAUUGAUGAUUUCACUAGAAUGACAUGGGUUUACUUUUUAAGUAGCAAAGCUCAAGUGUUCUCAGUGUUCAAGAAGUUCAAGGCCUUGGUUGAAAACCAAAGUGGAUAUAGAAUUAAAAAGCUUAGAUCAGACAAUGGUAAAGAAUAUACCUCUGCUGAGUUCAAUAAUUUUUGUGAAGAGGCUGGCAUCCAACACCAACUUACAGUCAGCUAUACUCCACAACAUAAUGGAAACAGGACAGUUAUGGAAAUGGCCAGGUGCAUGAUGUUAGAGAAGAAGCUACCUCAAUCUUUUUGGGCUGAAGCUGUGUAUACAGCAGUAUAUCUGCUGAAUGGUGUUUCCACUAAAGUUGUCAAGAAUAAAACACCAAUUGAAGCUUGGUACGGCAUGAAGCCUUCUGCAAAUCAUUUAAAAAUUUUUGGUUCAGUAUGUUAUACUCAUAUUCCUGACAUUAAAAGAGGAAAAUUGGACCAGAAAGCAAAUGUGGGAAUUUUUGUGGGAUAUUCCACUCAGUCAAAAGGCUAUAGAAUUUAUGACAUUCAAACCAAGAAAGUCAAUGUUUGUAGAGAUGCGACUUUUGACGAAGGAGGCUUCUGGAAUUGGGAAGCAAAAAAAGUUGAAAAAACAGAUGAUGUGCAGAAAAAUUCUAAAAGUUCAACAAGCUCCAGCAUGCCUUCAAAUACAGAGAUUGCUGAAGUUGAUGAUGACUCUCCAAUUUUGAAGACAAAGUCCUUAUCUGAAGUGUAUGAGAGUUGUAAUUUGGCUAGUUCAGAACCAUCAAGUUAUGAAGCUGCUGCAAAACAAGAUGUUUGGUUGCAAGCUAUGCAAGAGGAGAUAGCUAUGAUAGAGAAGGACAAAACCUGGUAUCUCACAAAAAAACCUCAAGACAAAAAUGUUAUUGGGGUAAAAUGGGUUUAUAGAACAAAAUUGAAUCCCAAUGGGUCAGUUCAUAAAUACAUGGCCAGGUUGGUGGUCAAAGGUUAUGCUCAAGAGCUCGGAGUUGAUUAUGGUGAGACUUUUGCACCAGUAGCUAGGCAUGAUACAAUUAAACUCCUUGUUGCUUUAGCUACAAAUUUAGGCUGGAAACUCUAUCAUAUGGAUGUUAAAUCAGCCUUUUUGAAUGGAAUCCUAAAGGAAGAAAUUUAUGUUGAACAACCUCAAGGUUUUGAAGUUGCUGGAAAAGAGGACUAUGUGUACAGGCUUAACAAAGCCUUGUACGGUCUGAAACAGGCACCAAGGGCCUGGUACAGUAGAAUUGAUGAUUAUCUUCUACAACAGGAUUUCAGGAGGAGCGAAAAUGAGGCUACUUUAUAUGUCAAGGGCACAAAUUCUGAUUCUCAACUAAUAGUGUCUUUAUAUGUUGAUGAUUUGUUGUUAACAGGUGGUAAUGAGCACCUCUUGAACAAUUUUAAGGCUGAAAUGAUGAAAGACUUUGAAAUGUCAGACUUGGGUGAGAUGAAAUACUUCCUUGGAAUGGAAAUUCAACAGUGCAAAAAUGGCAUCUUUCUGUCACAAAGAAAGUAUGCACUUGACGUAUUGAAGAAAUUUGGAAUGGAAGACUGCAAGCCAAUGGCAACUCCCUUGGUUCUCAAUGAAAAAUAUGUGAUUGAUGAUGGAAAAGAGAAGGCAAAUUCUUCUCAGUACAGGAGCUUAAUUGGCAGUCUACUAUAUUCAACAGCUUCAAGGCCAGAUUUAAUGUAUUCAGUGAGUCUUCUUUCUAGAUUCAUGUCCUCACCCAGUCAUACUCAUUUUUCAGCAGCUAAACGAGUUCUCAGGUACCUAAAAGGAACUUUUGAUUAUGGUAUCUGGCAUGAAAUGGGUUGCAAAGGAAAACUUGAAGGUUAUGUUGAUAGUGAUUGGGCUGGUUGUGAAGAUGAUAUGAAGAGCACAACUGAUUAUGUCUUUUCUUUUGGUUCCAGAGCAUUUACUUGGAUUUCAAAGAAGCAAGAUGUGGUAGCACAAUCCACCGUUGAAGCAGAAUAUGUUGCAACAUCUGGAGCUGCAAAUCAAGCUGUAUGGUUGAGGAAAAUGCUCGUUGAUUUGGGUUUUAAUCAAGACGAAGCAUGUGUUUUGAAGAUUGAUAAUAUAUGUUCGAUGGUGAAGAAGAUGAUUAAGAACGCUAAAAUGCUGAAACCUAGCACGAUUUCGAGAUUGGCGAUGAGAAUUCGAAGUGGUCUGCCGUUCGCUAUACUCCUCCCCCGAUUGAGCUUCAAGCUCGGUUUAAUCCUUGCAAUAAAACCGUCUUCAUUGGACUUGAUUCUGCUCCGAGCACCUCUUCUAUCACCUCCGGUCAAUUUCCGGUUACGAGCUGCUAGCGAAUUUGUUUCCUAUUCAACCAACUUCACAACUUGCUGGGAGAUAGAGAGAAAUGCACUUCUCAAGUUCAAAGAAGGUCUCGAAGAUCCUUCAGGCCGGCUUUCUUCUUGGGUUGGCAAUUAUUGUUGUACAUGGUCAGGUGUUGGCUGCAAUAGGCAAACGGGACAUGUCACAAAGCUUGACCUCGGUAUGCCGCCCAUCAGUUUUAAUAUUAAUGAUCCAAAAGCUUUUGAUUUUGCAUCCUUACAAGGUACGAUGAGUCCUUCAUUGCUUGACUUGAAAUAUUUAGAAUACUUGGAUCUAAGCUGGAACAAUUUUGAACAAACUCCAAUCCCCAACUUCAUUGGUUCAUUCACCAAUACCCUUGUCAGGCUUGAUUUGUCUGCCAAUGGCUUUCACGGGCACAUACCUCCAUCUUUGGAAAAUCUUAAGAACAUUAAGCAUCUUGAUCUUAGUGGAGAUUAUCUCUCUGGUCCGCUUCCAAUUUUUAUUGGAAACCUAUCAUCCUUGGAGAGUUUAUCCCUUAUUGACAACCAAUUGAGUGGAACAAUUCCUGAAACCAUUGGGCAACUGAAAGAGUUGACUUUUUUACGUCUUGCUUUAAAUAACUGGGAAGGUGUUGUAUCUAGGAUUCAUUUUCUCCACCUAAAAAAUCUGAAAGAUUUUGCUUUAUCUUCUAAUCAUGUUGGAGAAAAGUCAUUGACAUUCCAUGUGGGACAUGAUUGGGUUCCUCCUUUCAGUCUAAAUUCCAUCAUAGUUGUUAACUGCCAAAUGGAUCUCAAAUUUCCUGCGUGGUUCCUAACUCAGAAGGAACUGGCCUACGUUAUCCUUUGGAAUAUCAACAUCGAAGAUUUUGUACCUGAAUGGUUUUGGAAACUGAGUCCACAAAUUAACUUUUUAGUUUUUUCAAGAACUAAAUUACAUGGAAGGCUUCCAAGAUCAUUAAAAUUUGCUCCAGGUGCAGAAGUAGAACUCAGUUUUAAUCUAUUUGAAGGAUCGAUUCCACUCUUUUCUGGUGUCAGGACUCUUUUUUUGAGGCACAACUUAUUAUCAGGAUCCAUUCCAGUAGACUUUGGCCGAGUUAUGUUGGAUUUGCAGUAUGUGGAUCUUGCUGAAAACCACCUCAAUGGCAAAAUUCUUUCUUCGAUUAGCAAGUUGGAGAGCUUAAGAACUUUAUCUCUAGAAAAUAAUAAACUUUAUGGAGAGAUCCCCUCGUGGAAGAGAUUGAAGAAUUUGGUGGCAUUGGAUCUUUCCAAUAACAAUUUACCUGGCAGCAUUCCAAGUUCACUGUGCUCGCAGUCUCAGCUUUCUUAUUUGAAAUUGAAAGGCAACAACCUUUCUGGAAAGCUUUCUUUUUUGCAUAACUGCACAAGCUUGUUGGAACUUAGUCUUGCAGACAAUAAAUUCUUUGGAGGCAUUCCAAGAUGGAUCGGAGAUCUACCUUCGCUUUCAAUACUACAAUUGCGAGGAAACAUGUUUAGGGGAAAGAUACCUAAAAAAUCAUGUCAUCUUUCUAAACUCCAUGUUUUAGAUUUAGGGUGGAAUAAUUUUUCAGGGUUCGUUCCACCAUGUCUAGGCAAUUUAAGCGGCAUGUAUCGCUUUGCAAAUCAUUCUUAUGAGCAUUACUUAUUUGGUGAGUGUGAUAUGGAAUUUAGUGUAAAAGGACAGACACUUGAAUUUACUGAGAUAAUUCCCCUCGUGAAGUUGAUAGAUUUGUCAAGUAAUAAUCUUGAAGGAGGAAUUCCAGAGGAGAUAACAAAGCUUUCAGCCUUGGGUACAUUGAACUUAUCUCGGAAUCAGUUAACAGGAAAUAUCCCUGAGAAGAUUAAAGACUUGCAGCUGUUAGAAACUCUUGACCUCUCAGUCAACCAUCUUUCAGACCGAAUUCCAGCAAGCAUGACGUCUAUGACAUUAUUGAGCCAUUUGAAUUUGUCUUAUAAUGAUCUGUCUGGACCAAUCCCAUCAGCAAACCAAUUCCAAACCUUCAAUGAUCCAUCCAUUUAUGAAGGCAACCCAAAACUUUGUGGAACUCCUUUGUCAACCAACUGUUCGAGACACAAAAAUGAUGCUCCAGAAGGCAAUACUGGCAUGGAAAGAUAUGAAAAAUGGUCUGAGAAGAUGUGGUUCCACACAGGAAUUGCAUCUGGAUUUGUGGUGGGAUUUUGUGCUGUCUCUGGAACUUUGAUGAUCAAGAGGCCUUGGAGACAUGCCUACCGUUGCUUCAUUGAAGGAAUGAAGGAUAGGAUCUACGUCUUCAUUGUAAUGAAUACAGCUCAUUUGCAAAAGAAGCUGAAGGGCGAAAGAAGCUCAGACCAUGGGUGAAGGUGCGUAUUUUUCACUUUCACAUCUAGUUAUAUAUUCAUAAUACAUGUAUAACCCAAUUUAAUUUAUAAGCUUUUUGUUUUUUGUUUCAGGUAAUAAGUUUAUGUCUUGGGUGGCUUAUUAGUUCUACUCCAAAGAAUGUUGUCUGUUCUGCAAUGUAGUUUCUGCUUUGGAGGGUUUGAAUUACGAAGACAAAUCAGCAGUUUGGUGGAAGUUUACUUUGUGUUGCAAUUAAUAAUAGGUUAAUAUCAGU